AUGACAGAAUAUUUUAUUGAUCAAGAGAAAUAUCCCUAUUUAAUUACUCUGCAUAGACACGCAGCAUGUUGUAUAGGCUUAUUAGCAAUGUUAACGACAGGAACUAUGCUUUUAACAUAUCUUCAACAUACUUGCGCAAUGUUUAGUAUCGCCUGUUACCGUAUCAAGCAGGCAAUUGGUAUUUUACAAAAGGAUGGUUUCAGAAAUGAGCAAAAGAGUUGUGAAGAAAUAAUUCGUGCUGUAAACAUUCAUUGCAAAGCUAUGAAGCUUAGUAAUUUUUUAAUAUCCAAUUUUUCGGGAUCGUACUUUUGCUUGAUAGCGGCUGGUGUGCUUUGCUUGAGUUGUAAUCUUCUUCGGUUGGCGUCAUUCACUGGUAACUUUGGGCAACUUAUACUAUCUCUAACUAACUUAAUUAUCCACUACGUGUACUUGUUUCUAGCCAAUUAUACUGCACAAGAAGUAACAGAUCACAAUGAAUAUUUGUUUGCUACAGUAUAUAACGUCCGUUGGUAUAUGGCUCCAAUACAUAUACAGAAAAUUAUACUUUUUCUGCUGCAAAGAGGUACUAAAAGUUUCCAUCUGAUUCUCGGUGGGGUAUUUGUAGCGUCCUUGCAAAGUGCCGCUUCGAUAGCGAGCGCUUCCAUAUCAUAUUUCACCGUUUUUUAUUCUACCCGGCAAGAAUAAAAGUAUGGUAAAACAAUUUUUAAUUUUUUUGAGCCGUUGGGGCAAAAAAAAACACGUAUCGAUGUCUUCGUUGUUCAGACGUAGUAUUAUUAUUAUCCUCAUAAAGAAGACAAAAUCUUUGUUUAAUAAAAGAAAUUAUUGUUUUAGUUUAAUGUAUGAGGUUUGAAGUGUAAAAUUAAACAAUAUGUAAUUUAAAUAUGUAAAAGAAAUGUGAUAUAAGUUAUGAAAAAUUAUUUAAAAUGCAAGAUAAUAUUUUUACUCCCGACUGCUGCCAACCGCAGGUUGGCAAAAAACGGAGGGAGUAUGCGUUUCACCGAGCUCGGAUCGGUUGUCCGAAUAAUUCUCGAUAACUACUACAUAGUUUGAUAUCAUCUUUUGCUCAAAAGCUUCUUAUUAACCAAGGAAGGUUUAAAGCGUAUAAUUAUCGUUAUUUAUGUUGUUAAUAAAAAGUGAAAAAACAAUAUGGUCUCGUCUACGCGUCCUCUCAUUGGCUGCCGAGUGUAUCUAAGAAGCAAAAUGAUUCACCAAUAAGAUUCGUUCUGAGCAUCUG